UUGGAAUUUAAAAAUAAAUAAUAAACGCUAUAAAUUGCAAAAAGCGCCCACCGUGGGGCUCGAACCCACGACCACUUGGUUAAGAGCCAAGCGCUCUACCGACUGAGCUAGACGGGCUUUGCUCAUUAAUGUUUACCCUAUUUCCAGAUUUAAACGCGCCAAAUCUCAAAAUGAGUUUUAACAAACUUCUUUUGAUGCACACUUCGCAUCUACGAACGAAAAGGUUAGGAGCUAACAUAGCUACUGAUCAGUCAAGUCCUGAAGUUAGACAUGUAAUUAGAAAACUGGUUUAGAAAAUGCAGCAAUUAUA